GCAAUUGGUGCAGCCUUUUAAGCUGAAUUUCUUUAACAAGUCUCUUGUUUUUCACAUAAUUGCGUCUGGCAUUAAGGAUUCACUUCAGUGUUAGUGCUUACGCAUUGAAAUUGAAUAUAUUUGACUUGAAUUGACACAUCUAUCUGCUUUGAUAAAUAUGACGAUUCCUGGACAUUUUCCUUAUUGGAUUUGGAUAAACAACAAUUGAACUGAUGGGCAGUUUGGGAUGCCGCUCCUGCCCCUGGUUUUUUUUGCGUUGAAGGGGGCUGCAUUGUUAGUGCAGAGAUCACCCCUCCAAAGGUAUUUUGUGGGAGGGCCCUGUGCAAUUUUGUUACGCCACUGGUCACAGUGGGAAAUCUUGCCACCUCAUUGGCUGGAUAAAUAAUGGAACUCUUUUUUUAAUCUUAGGCCUAAGAUACCUGCAGUCUGGGAGCAGGUACAGAUCAGCUCUUUGAUUUGUUGCCCUUGUUAACCCAAAUAACACAAUGUUGAUUCCUUUGUGUAUAUUUUGGCCACAGGUAGGAUAAUUAGCACUCACAACCCAGGUGCACUUAACAUCUGCACUUGUUAUCUUCAAUAAGAUUAGAUACAAAAUAAAUUAACCAAUCAGCAACAUGUUAUGACCAAGCUUUUCCAACAGGGAAUCAAUUCCCUCUAUCCUGGAAGGUUUUUAAACAGCAAGUAACAGCAUGCCAGACAGUCUGACAGAGGAGAGCAGAGAAGGGAAUCAAUUCCCUCUAUCCUGGAAGGUUUUUAAACAGCAAGUAACAGCAUGCCAGACAGUCUGACAGAGGAGAGCAGAGAAGGUCCCUUGCAGGAGAAAUGAAGUACCCAGACAACAACUCAGUCACUGAAAUCAUUCUGUCUGGAUUUCCUAAUCUACAACACUACAGCCCCUUACUUUUCACAGUACUCCUUGUUAUUUAUUUAUUUAUAAUAACUGGAAAUACUCUAAUAUGUUUUGUUGUCAAAAAAGAGCAUAGCCUACAUUCCCCCAUGUACUUCUUUAUCUGCACAUUGUCACUUACGGAGCUUUGUUACACAGGCGUUACCAUUCCUACAAUGCUGGCAAACCUACUGGAAGAAGAGAAAAAAAUCUCAUUAAAAGGGUGCCUUCUGCAAGCCUAUUUUCUGCAUUCCUUCGGAUCGGCUGAAUGUUAUCUGCUUACAACAAUGGCUUAUGAUCGGUACCUUGCCAUCUGUAAACCCCUGCAUUAUUCCUCCAUUAUGACUAUGGGAUUGUUCAUAAAAUUGGCUGCUGCCUGCAUUAUCUCAGGGUUCCUAAGUCCUGUUAUUGGGGCUUUUUUGAUAUCCUCACUUCCUUUCUGUGGCCCCAACUGCAUCCAAACACUAUUUUGUGAUUUCCUACCAUUAAUUGCCUUGGCCUGCACCGACACCAAGCUUCAUGUUUUGGUUGAGUUUGUGGUCGGUUCCGUGAUCAUCUUGCUGAGCUGUAUUUUUGUUCUCCAAUCUUAUUCCAGAAUUAUCCAUGUUAUUCUGAAAAUCAAGUCCAGGAAAGGGCGUCAGAAGACCUUUUCUACAUGUGGCGCUCAUCUUAUUGUUGUUGUUCUUUUCUUUGGUAGCAUUUCAUUUACGUACAUACGGCUUAGCGAGAGUUACUCUGCAGACUACGAUCGGGCUGUUGGUGUCGCUUACGCUAUAUUCACUCCUUUAGCUAACCCCGUAAUAUACGGCUUAAGAAAUCAAGGAAUUAAAAAUUCUCUGCAAAAACAUUUGCGUUUUUCAUUGUUAUUUUAGGCGUACACAAGGCCCUUAAAAAUCCAUAAUUAAAAGCUAAAAAAAUAGUGACUGUCUGUGCUCAUUUACAGCAACCCCUCUGGCAUUUGCCAGAUGGGCGAAACAAUAUAUAUAUAUAUAUUUUUUAAAAUGCCUCCUGCAAGCAUAUUUGGUUUGUGACAUGCAUGCGCAUAAUAAGAGAGUCUCCUCGCAUGCUCCUUGUCUAGCACUACGGGGGCCCAUUAAAAAAAUAAAAUUGUUUCCCCCAACCAGGGUUCUAUUAGCCUGCACCUCUGUUAGGGCUAAUAUAUUAUUUUGUGUUAUGUAUAGGAUGAAUUGUUUGAUUUGUUUAAUGUAUAGGAUGAAUUCUAUUCUGCUCUUUAAUUGGAACUCAUCUCAUUACAGACAACUUUUUAAACCCUCCUACAUCUCUGUAAAUAAAGAGCUUUACAGCUGC